GUCCCGGCGGCUGCGGAGUCCCCGAGGUUCCGCCCGUGGUGCAGCCGUUCGCAUCUCGAGGUGGGCCGACGACUCUUGGACGUCCGAACCGCGGUUCACUCUACCAGAGUUCGUCGUCGGCAGUUGUCCCGGACUCGUGGCACGCCCACCGCUGUGCAGUGCGGAGUUGUGUACGUCUGCAGCGGCGGUUGCGCCGUCUGCUGGAAUCCGUGUGCGCUCUCCGUCCGAGACGGUGUGCUCCGGUUUGCGGCAUCGUAGUCGCUCCGAAAAAGAAGUGUUUUUGGUGACGGCGCCCGCUCGACAUCAGCCAACGAAGCGAGGCAAUUGUGUUAUUUCCUCCCGACAGCUGGAAAGCAGCGUACACCACCACACCUGGUCAUCCUGCAAGCCGGCGAGCGAUUCAGAUAGGCCGCCCUCUUGGACGCUACGGCACGGCGUCGCCGAGUGAUGGGCACAGGUCGCGCGACCGCUAGCCCACCACAGCUACCACCGCCGCUGCCGUGGUGACCGCCUCUCGCGCCUCCGAGGUUCACUACUCCCCGUCUGCCGUCUCCCAGGGGACAGCAUGAGGCGAACCCAAGGUCCGGCCGUUGCCAAUGACCGGGGCGGAGGUGGCGCGUCGCCCAGACCUCCAUCGUCGUCGUCCUCGCAGCAGCAGCAGCAGCCGACAACGUCGUCUUCGCCUUCGUCCUCGACGCUGGUCACGUCCGCCAUGGAAGACUUCGAGCCGGGACAGCUGGUCUGGUUCGACCCCGGACUGGGUUACAGCCUGCCCGGGGAGGUGAUCGAGUUCUCCAAGCCCGCCCAGGUCGUCACCGUACAGGCCGUCGUCUCAGGGAAGGCUCAGACGUUCACCAUCCACAAGUUGUCCACCGUCCGCAAGCGGCAAGACCUGGGCACCGACGGAGUCGAGGACAUGGUCAAGCUGGCCGACCUGAGUGAAGCGGCGCUCCUGUGGAACCUCAAGAUCCGCUAUGACAAGGAAAAGAUAUACACUUACACGGGCAGCAUCCUGGUGGCCGUGAACCCGUACAAGAUGUUCGACGUGUACGGCGUCGACGUCGUCAACAAGUACCAGGGACAGAUCCUCGGAACGCUGCCACCCCACCUGUUCGCCAUCAGCAGCGCCGCCUACUCGAAGAUGAGUAAGGACAGCGAAGACCAGGUCAUCGUCAUCAGCGGCGAGAGUGGAGCGGGAAAGACGGAGAGCACCAAGCUGGCGCUGCAGUACCUGGCCGCGGUCAACCGCAGCCCGAGCAACCUGGUCACCGAGCAGAUCCUGGAGGCCUCUCCCCUCCUGGAGGCGUUCGGCAACGCCAAGACGGUGCGCAACGACAACUCGUCGCGGUUCGGCAAGUACCUGCGCCUCUUCUUCCGAGACGGCGUCAUCACGGGCGCCAACACGACCGACUACCUGCUCGAGAAGUCGCGCAUCGUCACGCAGGCCACCGAGGAGCGCAACUACCACGUCUUCUACGAACUCCUGGCCGGCCUCUCGGACAAGGACAAGGACAAGUACGGUCUCCAGACGGCCGACAAGUACUUCUACCUCAACCAGGGUGGGGCCAUCGAAAUGGCGUGCAAGGACGACGCCGAGGACUUCCGGUCGCUGCUGUCGGCCAUGCAGGUGCUCGGCAUGAGUUCCGAGGAACAGGACGCCAUCUUCCGGAUCCUGGCCGCGGUGCUGCACCUCGGAAACGUCUACUUCCACCGGAAACCCCUGAAGCACGGCCAGGAGGGCGUCCAAGUGGGAAGCGAGGCUGAGGUGCGGUGGGCAUCGCACCUGCUGCAACUCGCCGAGGACGGCAUUCUCGCCGCGCUCACCACCAAGACAACGGAAGCUCGCGGAGAACGUCUCACGACUCCGCUGAACAUCGACCAGGCUCUAGACGCGAGGGAUGCCGUUGCGAAAGCCCUGUACUCUGGCCUCUUCUCCUGGCUGGUGUGGCGUGUCAACCAAGCCGUCUGCCAGCGGGAGACUGCGAGGACCACAGCGAUCGCCAUCUUGGAUAUUUUCGGCUUUGAAGACUUGAAGGAGAACAGCCUGGAGCAGCUGUGCAUCAACUACGCCAACGAGGCGCUGCAGCAGUUCCAGAUCCGCCAGGUGUUCAAGCUCGAGCAGGCCGAGUACAGCCGCGAGCGUCUCAGUUGGCAGCCGCUGAGCCACUGCGACAACCAGGGGGCGCUGCAGCUCAUCGCCAAGCGGCCCCUGGGCCUCCUGGCGCUGCUGGACGACGAGUCCAACUUCCCGAAGGCCACGGACGCCUCUUUCCUGGACAAGUGCCACUACAACCACGCCCUGGACGAGCUGUACUCGCGGCCGCGCAUGUCGUCGCUCGAGUUCGGUGUGCGACACUACGCGGGUCACGUGUGGUACUCGGUCGAGGGAUUCCUGGACAAGAACAGGGACACCCUGCGACCCGACGUGGUGCAGCUGCUCAUCUCGUCUAAGCUGCCCAUGGUGUCCCAGAUGUUCGAGUGGCGCCGCGCCACGGCCGAGGCGUGCAAGACGUCGAGCAAGGCGGACGGCCGCUUCGUCACAAUGAAGCCCCGGGCACCCACGGUCGCAGCCCGCUUCCACGAUUCCCUGCAGAGCCUGAUGGAGGCCAUGGCACAGUGCAACCCGUGGUUCGUGCGCUGCAUUAAGCCUAACAACGAGAAGGCUCCCAUGAAGUUUGACCUAGCCGUGGUGCUGGAGCAGCUGCGGUAUUCCGGCAUGCUGGACACCAUACGGAUACGCAAACUCGGAUACCCCAUACGAUUCAAGUUCGCCACCUUCUCGGAAAGGUAUCGAUGUCUCGUGCCUCCGAACCGCUUGGGUCGCGGCGCGUCGGCCAAAGACGUGUGUCGGGCAGUGCUGGACCAGGUGCCUUCCGCGCUCUCGGACGCCUUUCAGCUGGGCACUACGAAGGUGUUCGUGCGCGAGGCCCUGGAGCAGUACUUGGAGCAGGAGCGCGUGGCGCUUUUGCGCGCCUCCAUCGUCGUCAUCCAGCGGCACGUGCGCGGAUACCUGGCCCGAAGGCAAUACACGGCCAUGCGCUCCGCCGCGCUACGGAUACAAGCCGCGUAUCGUGGAUACGCCGCAAGGAGCCGCUACCGAACGAUUCGGCGAGGCGUCAUCCGGGCUCAGGCAAACUACAGGAUGCUUCGGCAGAAGAGGGAGUACGACAAGAUAAAAGCCAUCCUGGCCCGCAAGCGGGAGGCCGACCGUCUGGCCCUGGAGCGAGCCAAGGAACGCAUGGCGCGGGACGAGCGGGCGUCCCGGGCCGUGGCCGGCGUCAACCACCUCGAGAUUCCGGCCGAGCUUGCCUUCAUCCUGAGCAAGCUGGACGACUGGCCCGGAUAUGCGGGCGCCGUGGCCAGGGCGCCGUCGUCCUCCAGUUCCGGUUCCUCUGCGGGCGGCGUGGCGCCUCCGCUGACACUGGUGCCUCGGCAGCUGCCCGCCGACGUGGACCAGCACGCUUUCAGCAAGUUCACCAGCAUCUACUUCAAGUCGCACGUGUGGGGCAUGAAGAGGGAGCCCAUACGGACGCCCUUCCUGGCCAAGAGCUCGGACGCGCAGCACCAGGAGUCGCUGGCACUGUUCAAGUUGAUCCUGCGCUUCAUGAACGACGGCCACCUGAGCGGGCGGCGAGAACGCGUGCUGGGCGACUACGUGGUGCAGCGCGCGCUCCAGGAGAGGCCCAUGCGGGACGAGCUGCUGUGCCAGCUGUCCAACCAGACGUGGCAGAACGACAACGAGGCGAACCGCCAGAGGGGGUGGCUCCUGAUGGCCAACUGCCUCGGGUGCUUCGCGCCGUCGCCGCUGCUCUACAAGUACCUGCUCAAGUACGUGUCCGACCACGGAGACAAGGACGGCUACGCGGGCCACUGCCAGCAGCAGCUGCUUCGCUCCCAGGGACGGGACGCGCGCACCUACCCGCCCUGCAUGCUCGAGUGGCAGGCGAACGCCAAGAAGUGCCGCAUGGCGCUGCCGGCUGCCUUCCACGACGGUUCGGAACCUUCCAUGGUGGCCGUGGACUCGUGGACGACGGGUGAGGAGUUCGCUGCGCCGCUGAUCCAGGCGCGUGGAAUCGACGACCUGUUCGGCUGGACUGUGGACCUGGAGCACGGCGAGUCCACCACGUAUGGCCUGUGUGGCGCCGACUACGUGCUGGACUUGAUCUCGGAGGCUGAGCUUCCGCCGGCGUUCCCGGUGUGCAAGUCGUACUUCCUCGUUUCGCACGACCCCCGUGGUCCGACGCCCGUGCCGGAGACGUCGCCUCACCACCCGAGUCGGGUGAACACGUACGAGGUUGACCCGGCGGACGUCGCCAGCCCGCCUCCCGCACCUCCCGUACGUGUGUCCAGUCGCAAGGCACCCAGCCGGUCUAGGGAGCCCAUACCUGUGCCACCGCCCGUUGUUCCUAGCGGCUGCCGCGGCUGCUGUUGGCGCUGGAGGUCGCAUGGAUGGAGUUCGCUCGCGUCGCUCCGUUCCGGUGCAGACGGCUCCCUCGACCGCCGCGAUUCACGCUUGGGCAACCGCUCCGUCGCCUCUUCCUCCCAUGCCCGCUCUCGGUCCAUGGAAGACCUUUUGGACGAAGGACCUCCGGACAGCGCCCUCUCCAAGAGGAGUGCCCUCAAUGGCCGCUACUUCGAGUUGGCCCGAGCAGAGUCUGCCGCGACUUCUGCCGGUGGCGGGCAGCAACGAUGCGUGGCCACCGUUCACCACAGACCGGACCUGGACGACGCCACUGGCGUGACGCUAGCGACGACACCCUCUGGACGUUCCCACCACGACGAAGUCGACGACGACGACGACGGAGGCACCUCGUGGGGCCUUUCGGCGUCGGUCCUGAACGACCGGUACUUCUCCCGGAGUACCGGAGGCAGCAUGGUGCCGCCGUCGGCAUCCGAAACCGCGAGCGAGCUGAUGCUCGACUCGCCGCUGAACGGUCGUCCCGGUUCGGACCGCAGCGAAAGCCCUCAAGUCGAUGCCAGAAGCGGGACGACGGACGCGACGCGAUACGUCAAGUACUCCGGUGGCUCGGCUGUUCAAGCCGGACGACGUAAGGGCCCUCACUCGCACACGGCGAAGGCGCAGCUGGCCGGUCGCGCCGCGGCCGCGGCGGCGGCCGCCGGGUCAUCGUCGGAGUGCGCUCGCAGCUCGGCGUUGUCGGACACGUCCGAGGCCCCCUCGUUGGCGUCGCACGUUCGAAACGUGCGCAUACCGUCGCACACGUCCGACCUGGACCAGUACUUGGACGACCUGUUCAACCCGGUGCUCCUGGACGGAGGACUCGACGAACUGAGUGACGCCAGGUCGCUCGCGGCGUCGCUCAGAGGAGACGACUCGGCGUGGGACGGCGAUGACGACAGCCUGAGUUCGCUUCAAGACCCGGUGCUACUGACCAGAGCUCUCAAGGGAGACGGACCGUCUAUGGACGCACAGAAUGCAGGAGGUGCACUGACUAUGGGUGCUAACCUGGGGCUUGGUAGUGGACUCGUGUCUCCCCUUAUCGGAUUCCAGGCCAUGCAGAGCCCAUCAACGGGUCCCCUGACAGCCGGAAGCGCAGCCAGUGGGUCCGGUGCUCAGCAAAAUGCGGCCUCUCUCUACAACCUGCCCUUGUACAACGUUUCCGGCAUGACCGUGCCGAUUGUGGACGCGUCUCAGCUGAUCCAGCAGCAGGUUCUGCAGCAGCACAUGAUGCAGCUUCAGCAACGAGCGUUCCUCGCGAACGCUGUUCAGCAGAACCUGCAAAUACAGCAGCAGCUGAUGCAGCAGAGUGCCGCGCUUCAGCAGCUGCUUCAGUCAUCUGUGGUUCCAGCUGCGUCUCCGCCUCAAGGUACCGGCGGAGCUGGCGGCCUCCUAGCCCGAGCCGCCAACGCGAGUGACUCCACCCAACAGCAGCAGCAACAACAACAACAAAUCCUGGGCUCGCCGAUGGCCGGUCUCACUCCUCUGUCGCUGUCCAUACCGACCAUCGACCCCGCCACGGUCGCGCAACAGCGACUUCUAGCGCCCGCGGCAACGGCGACGUCUACAACGGCGUCAGCAGCGCACACGUCACAUGCCGCAGGAGCGACGGCGGCGACCAGGGCUUCUCCCAGGGACGCCUUCGGCAGCGUUCUCAGCGAACUGCGGUUUAAAGCUGACGGUGGUGCGCCCCCGGCGGUGGACUUUCGUCGGGCGCUCCUCCUCCCGCCGCCACCCCCUCCGCCACCACCACCACUUCCGCCAAUGUCACCAACAACCAUGGCCAAGUACCAAGAUGUUUACGGGCGGGCCAAAACGGUCCGCAUCGGCAAGUGGCGUUGGCCGCCACCUCGCGAUGAGUCCGGUAACUGCCUGCCGGGCCAGCCCACGUCGUUCCUCGAGUUCAAGCGGCUUCGGCGCCAGGAACGCGAAGAACGGCGCGCCGCGGGCCUCCAGGACGACUCCAGCAGCGACGAUUUGGAUGAUCUCGACGACCUGGACGACGAAGACGAGGACCUCGUCGACUUUCCCGAGAUACAGGACAUGGACGCCAACGGCACCGAGGCUGGAUCGCCCAAGUCCGAGUCCGUCCGCACUCGCGGAGACGAGGAGCCCAUCAUCCGGGCGUUCGAGGGCGAGACCCGUCCGGGCAGCGUGGGCAAGCUGCGCAUCAGCUCCGAGAUGAAGGCCAAGCUCGAGCAGCUCACCAUGGACCACAGCGUGCGCUCGCGGGCCUCCAGCAGGAGGCGGCGCGAGGACGAGCUGCCCGUGGCGCCGACGCCCACCACGCCCCCGGGCGGCGACAACCGCAAGCUGCGCGAGGAACGCAAGCUGGCCCUCGAGCGACAGCUGGGCUUUCAGGACGCCGCCUCAGGGGCCCACUCGUUCCGCCUCGACAACCUGGUCAAGGCCAAGAUACAGAAGAUGGAGAGGAGGUCGCAGGCUCCGAUGCGGGACAUGGCGUCCUCGCGACCUCCGCGGGCUUCCGACCGAGCCGGCUUGGGUCCGCCGCCUCCGCCGCCUCAACAUCAGCAGCAGCAGCAGCAGCAGCAACACCAGUCGAUCCUUCAACAGCAGCAACUUCCACCGCGAGGUGGAUCCGGUCAGUCGGGUACAUCGUCGGUGGCCGCGUCGAGUAGCGUGUGCAUGCCCACUACACCGGUGGUGCCUCGGCACCGCGAGCCACGACACCCGGUGGCUCUGCACCCGGAGAAGCUGCUUGAGGGCAGCAGCAAGGCUGAGGCCAUCGAGUUCGAGGACUGCGCCGAGUUCCUGCAGCCCGUAGACGAGGCGCCUCCUCCAGCUCCAGUGGUGCGUGCCAGAGACAAUCUGAAGACUCGCCUGUACCCGCCCAGUAGCGCCCCCUACAUUACCUACACCAAGGUCGAGUGGAGAAUCAGGAUACGCAAGGAGGUGUUCCAGCCCGGCGAGCAGCUACAGGAACCUCAGGCACUGCAUCUGGUCUUUUGUCAAGUGGUCGCCGACGCGUUCGGCCCGACCUGCAUAAGGUUGCGCGAGGACGAAGCGGCCAGGCUACGGGCGCUAUGCGACUCGCUCGGCGUGAGUCCCGCUCCGGAGAGUCGGACCCGAGCCCCCGUGCAGACGCAGCGCAGCGUCGUCGAAGCUGCACGCGACCUGCCGCUCUACUUCAGCCGCAUGUUCCCGGCGUCCGGUGGCCGGCAGCUUCCCGACGUGCACCUGGUCGCUGUGGCCCACUCGGGACUUCGACUCGUCAAGCGGGACCCGCCGGGACAGCUGCGAGUGCUCGAGACCGUCAGAUUUGAAGACAUCGCCGACGUCAGUGCCACCAGGCCCAGGACGCUGCAGCUACUUCUCAGGCACGGAGGCUGGAUGACGAUCUAUUCACCCAAGGCCGGCCACAUUCAAGCACUGGUGCGUCGCUUCGUCAUGGAAGGCACACAGGAAGUGCCGGAGUACGUGCAAGCCGUGGCCGACUACGUGACCACCGAGUCGACGCUGCUCAGCUUCCGCGAGGGAGAGCUCAUCCGACUCGUCAAGCAACGCUGCACGGGACUCGCCAAAGGCUGGCUUUACGGCGUUACGGACACCGGUGACAGCGGCCUGUUCCCGUGCGAGUACGUGGCGCCACUGUCGUCUGCGCGGCCGCAACGGUCUCUCCGCCUCCCCGGCGUCUGCCAUUGGUGCUCGAGGAGAGAUGCGCUCUCCGUCGGAGCACGCGCAUGCGCACAACGGAGCAGCCUACCUGGGUCGAGGCCAAGUCGACCUCAGUCGGUGACCGGAGACCACGUGGACAACUUGGAGGACCUCGCCAUCGAGCAGAGCAACGGCGUGGAGAGCCACAUGGCCGACGGCAAGCACAGCAUGCUGCAGUACGCCAUGUUCAACUUCAGGGAAAGCCUCGACAGGUACGAGAUGCUCCGAGACCAGAAUGGUUCCUUCCGUGGCUCUCUGAAGAUGCUCGAGGACCUGAAAGCCAGCAAGAAAGGCAAGGACUCCGACUGGACCUGGAAGGAACUCGCCCAGCUCAUCAAGUUUUCUAAGUCUCCCAUCAAGGCUUCACUCCUGAAUCUCGAAUCGCCCGAACUGAACAAGCUUGCCAUAGAAAGUUUCCUAUCCAUCAUGCGCUAUAUGGGCGACUACCCCAUGUCCAAGAACCAGUCCGAAGUGGAUUGCGUCUACUCUAUCCUUGUAAGUUGCCAUAAGAUUCCCGCACUUCGGGAUGAAGUCUAUUGCCAAAUAAUCAAGCAGACCACAAGCAACAAGAGUUCCAAACCGGACAGCUGUCAACGAGGCUGGCGUCUCUUCUCCAUCGUCGCGGCGUACUUCGACUGCUCCGAGAACCUCAAGCCGUACCUCUUCAAGUUUCUCGAGGCGGCUGCCUACGACAAGAGGAGGGCCUACCACGGUACGGCCAUGGUGUGUCUGCAGAACCUGCGAAAAACGUUCAAGUACGGAGGUCGAAAGAAUGUCCCCAGCAUCGAGGAGAUCGCCGCGAUAUCGGCUGGUCGCAAUUCCAAGCGGCAGAUCUACCGGCUGCCCGGAGGCACCGAGAGAGUGAUCAACACCAAGUCGACCACGGUUGUGGAAGACAUCAUCGACGAGAUCUGCGGCAUUCUGGGCGUGCGGGGAAGCACCGAGAUGGACGAGUUCUCGCUCUACUGCAUCGUGGAAGGCGAUCCCCUUACGAUGCCGCUGAGUCGCGAGGAGUACAUCCUGGACGUGACGACGGAGCUCAUCAAGAAUGGUCACGUGUUCUACCUCAUCUUCUGUCGCUCGGUGUGGUUCUUCCCGCUGCGACUGGACAACCCGCUCUACGUCGAGCUCAUCUUCAACCAGGUGGCGCCCGACUAUCUCGAAGGGCUCCUAUUGGUCCAGCCGCAGGGACGCCGCCUUCCGGACCCGAUGCUGGGCGACAUCGCGAGGAUAGCUGCCUUGCUUCACAGAGCGGCCGAUAUGCAGCACGUGCCAUCCAAGGACGAAGUGAAGUACCUGCUUCCCAAGCCCGUGCUAGCGAGCAAGGACGUCAAGCCUCCGCACUGGGUGGACCUCGUCCAGCGCAACUGGGCCGACAUGAUGGCUCUGACCAACACGGAAGCCAAGGCGCAGUGUCUAGACAUUCUGCAAAGAUGGCCGCUGUUCGGCUCCUGCUUCUUCGCAGUCAAGUGGAUUCGGAACGAAAACGCCACGUCCGAGCACAUUCUAGCCCUGAACAGAGAAGGCAUUCACUUCCUCGACGUCGUCACGCAUGAGUCCGUGUGGAUGUACCCGUUCUCGGAGGUGAUAUCGACGCGGAAAGUUCGUGCCGAGGACGGCACGCUCUACCUGGACAUGAAGUGUGGAAACCUCAUGGUGCAGAAGAUAACGCGCAUUCAGACGGACCAGGCUCACGAGAUAUCAAGGCUGGUGCGGCAGUACAUCAACAUCCAGCAGAGUCACCAGGGCAACCAACAUGGGGGUGCCCCACAGGACAUCACCCUGUCCAGGAACCUCAAGUGAAAAAAAAGUUUCACCACGAGCUCACCCCUGAGUCAGUACGACAGACGAGGAAAAACGUGUACAUCGAUUUCAAUGACCUUCGUCGCGCACUGCGAUAGCGAACCCUCAUCCUAGUUAAGUUCGUGACACCGGUACUCUCGAAAGCGACGCUGCAGUAGCUCCAUAUGCGGCGACGAGCAACGAACCCUUGCAGCGCCUCGGUUUUUUUUUUAACUUCCCGCUCAACAAAGUUUCGGAAUAGUGUGCGCCUGUUGUACCCCUUGGACGUUCUUACACGUUGUAUCGGAUUGGUGGAAUAGGCUGCUACACUGCGCUUGGGUGGAAACUUUCCUGCUACUUAUCUCUGUCUCGUCCUUCGAGAGCGGGUUCGCGACGCUCGACAAGGCAGAGGAGCAGGUUUGACGCCUGCCUGACAAGGUGAUUCAGAGUCGCGCCUUAUUUUUUUAGUUCAUGUUGAAUGGAGAGUGCCUUAUAUAUUAAUGAAAUGGACUGUAAACCAUUUGGACGUACAUUUGCUACACACACUACCAAUGACAAAAAAAAAAAAAGACUCUGCCCCCCUAUAGGAGGUAGCAUCUCUGAAUAUAUUCCUCUAUUUUCGUGUCGAUGUCUCGUGUUGCCGUCCAGGAGAAAGACGUGUUGCCAAAACGGCUUCUUUUAUGUUUGUUUGUUUUUUCUCCUUCAACUGUAACGGUUGUCGUUGCGCGUUUUGGAUGGGCUUGGCUCAAGAACAUUCUACUAAGGUGGUGCGAAAGAAUCUGGGUCACGCGAUGCUAGACAGGCACCGACUGCGCAUGCGCGAACCUCCAGCGUGGUACGCGACCGCGCAUGCUCUGUAGGUCGCUUGGGGUCUAUACUUGUGCGCAAUUAGGGAGGUGUCGCCUGAAACUGAAACACCGAAUCGCGGCUCUUCACAACACUGUAAUAUUCUUCGCGUCUUGGGUGAAACAGACUCCGACGUCGUCGUCUUUCCAGUAACAUUCUUUUUUUUUUCGUUUGUUUCACUAGAGAUAAAUAAGUAUAGGUGGACAAUGGGACGACGCUGAGAGGGUGCUUUCCUUUCGCCAAUAGCUGCCAAAACUUCCUCGGGCGUCUAAGGGAACACAACUUUUCGCGCCGGACUACGAAUUUUGUCCACGAAGCCUCUUUCUUUCACUCUUUUACGUCCUUCUUACGUUUUAGGAAAAAUUGACUAGCAUACAUGUGUGUGUGUUGAUACGUGCGCGUUUGUGUAUAUACAUAUCUGCCCCUUUUUGCCCCUUCCGAGAGCAGCCUUUCUGAGAAAAUUCGGAGAUGGGUGUGAGGAGGUGUCGCCUUUUUUUUAGGGCCUUAAAACUUAACAUAUUUCACGUCGUGCUUUUUUUUUUUCUUCCUCUUGGUGUAACAAGAUGACAACUAUACCCGCUGUGGGUGUCACGGAACGUCGGCAGAAAGGCUGCUUUCAAACUUGUAACGCAAUAAAGAGAGGAACGCGAGUACUGGAAA